AUGCAGCUUGCGCCGGCGGCAUUGGACGAUACGCCUCCUAAAGUCAGAGACCCUACCGAGAAAGUCAAUCUGGGAACAGCAGAUGAGCCUAUGAAAGUGAUUAUCAGUGCCUACCUAGAGCCUAGCGAGAAACAGAGGCUCACUGAUUUGUUACUAGAGUUCAAAGAUUGCUUCACGGAGAAGUACGAAGACAUGCCCGGAGAUUUUCUGGGAUUCAUCGUCCAUCAGCGAGGAAUUGAGGUCCCUGAAGACAAGGCGAGCGCAGUCAUCAACGCGUCUCCCCCGCGAACGAAGAAGGAAUUACAGCGUUUGUUGGGUAAGAUCAAUUUCCUGAGACGCUUCAUCUCUAACUCUGUAGGUAAAAUCCAGCCCUUCUCGCCAUUGCUGAAGUUACAAGGGCAGAACGAGUUCGUAUGGGAGCCUAAACAUCAAGAGGCUUUCGACAGAAUUAAGACCUACCCGGCGAGCCCGCCAGUGUUGGUUCCUCCAAGGGCCGGAUUCCCAUUGAAGUUAUAUAUCUCGGCAGCUGAGGCUUCCAUCGGCAGUCUACUUGCCCAGGAUGAUGAGGGAGGUGUCGAGCACGCCAUUUUCUACCUCAGCCGGACACUGACGGAUUGCGAGACAAGGUACUCUCCUAUGGAAAAGCUGUGUCUUACCUUGUAUUUCUCAGCGUGCAAGUUGCGGCACUACAUGUUAUCCUUUACUACCUGCAUCAUCGCUCAAACCGACCUGGUCAAAUACAUGUUGUCGCGGCCUAUUUUGAGAGGCCGCAUUGGCAAAUGGGUACUAGCCCUUUCUGAAUUUUCCCUACAGUAUGUACCUCAAAAGGCUAUCAAGGGUCAGGCCAUUGCGGACUUUCUGGCGCAUCAUCCUACAUUGGAUAUACCCGUAAUGAAGGAGUUAGAGAUAGCAACCGCAACUACGACUCGGCCAGAUUUGGCGCGCAUCCCAGAGUACGCAGUAUGGUAUCAAGCCACAGUCUCCUUGCAACCAUGGGUGUUGUUUUUUUAUGGCUCAAGAACUGAAACAUUAGUAGGGGCAGGGAUUGUCCUGGAGAAUCCAGCAGGCGAUCUUUUCUCUUAUUCUUUCCAACUGGAGUUUAAAUGUACGAACAACCAGACAGAGUAUGAGGCCCUUAUUAUCGGGCUAGAAGUCUUACUAGAAUUGGGAGUGCGAGAUGUUCAGAUCCGCGGCGACUCUCAGCUCGUGAUAAAUCAACUUCAAGAGAAAUACAGAUGCGCAAGCUGCUUACUCGUACCAUAUUUGACUCGCGCCAUUGAGCUUCUAGAUCAAUUUGAUGACGUGGAUUUGGAGUACAUUCCUCGCGAGCGCAAUUUCGCAGCCAAUGAGCUCGCUCAACUGGCCACAUGGAUUACAUUGAAAUAUGGGGUUCGAGAACGUAUUCUGAAAGUCGAGCGUCGCACACUACCUUCAUGGCUCGCGCGACCCGAUCCGCCUGAUGAUCCAGUUGUCGCGGUACUAGAACCUAUUGAUGUUGAUUGGCGCAUCCCAUUGAUCGAUUACCUCAAGCGACCAACCCCCACAGCCGACAGGAAGAUUCAUUUUCUCGCCUUAAACUACUUCCUCAGGGGUGAUGAGCUGCGACGACGUGGGGAAGAUGGCAUAGACUUCCGGUUUGGUAUCCCUGAGGUGCUUGUGUCCGACAGGGGGGCAGCAUUCAUGGGAGUUUUACCCUUGGAAAUCAACGUUCAUUCCUUACGCGUGCAAGAUCAACAUCACUCGAUAGGUGAAGAUUAUGUCCAGGCGAUGUGGCAAGAACACGAAGACUUGAGCGAGUAG